AUAUAUAUAAGUGAUAUUAUAGUAUUAUAGAUAACAUUUUAUAACAGGCAUUAAGAUUAUACACUACCAGUAAUCUAAUUAAAAUGUCCCUUUCAUACGAUUUCAAAGGUAAGGUAGCCCUGGUUACCGGUGCCAACACGGGUCUGGCUGUGUCUACGGCCAUACAAUUCGCCAAAUCGGGCGCCAGUGUUGUGGUGAGCGGACAGUACGCCGACAGUCGACUAACUACUGUAGCCAAUGAAUGCCGCAAUACUGGCGCUAAUGUACUGGAAAUGGCGGCCGACCCCACCCGUGAGGAAGACCUGCAAAAACUGGUCGACAAAACUAUGAGCACAUUCGGUCGGAUCGACAUUUUGGUCAACUGUUCCGUCCAUCACGAGAACGCCUUAAUCAUUGACCCAUUAUUUAUGGUUAAGUAUAGGAAGACUAUGCAAACAAACCUCGAGGCCAUGGUAUUUAUGACCAGCAUUUGUGUGGAGCACCUGGAGAAGACCCGGGGCACCAUCAUCAACAUAUCCAGCAUUAGAAGCGCUCGAGCUAGUCCGAAAGAGUCGGCGUAUUGUAUGGCAAAGUCGGCGAUUGAUAUGUUCACCAAAUGUAUGGCCACUGAGUUGGGACCCAAAGGCAUACGAGUUAAUAGUGUUAAUCCAUACACUUGGGAUCCAAACAACAUCCCUUUGGACCCGUUUGUCGAUAUGGCGCCCAAAAUGCCGGCGCAAAGAGUGGGCUUAUCGGACGACUUGGCAUUCGCUGUGCUAUUUCUAGCGGCAAAGGAGGCAUCGUUUAUAACCGGCACUAAUAUGUUGGUCGAUGGGGGCCAUACAGCCGCUGGCCUACCAUAA